GUUUCCAACUAACGAACGGCAUUCAUGGAACUUUUUUUUUUUAACCCUUUUCAUCAUCUUACAAUUAGGCUACAUGGUCUCUGCAUCUUUAUUAAUUCUUUUUCUGUGUAACGCAGUUCAUAUGAACGCGAGGCUGCGAGUCCUACGGAAAGUAUGAGACGCGCCCAACCCUUGAGCUGAGUACUUACACACACACACACGCACUCGCACUCUCUCUCUCUCUCAGCGCUUUCUCGACGGCGCCGCUUUCGUUCCGCAAAAGACACUUCGAAGUUCGAUCUGUGGUCCCGUUCGAGUCCCUUCGAGCGACCCUAAAAUGAGUUAUCCUGGCUACCCUCCCCAGCCCGGUGGCUACCCUCCUCAGCCCGGUGGCUACCCUCCUCAGCCCGGUGGCUACCCUCCUCAGCCCGGUGGCUACCCUCCUCAGCCCGGUGGUUACCCUCCACAGGCCGGCGGUUACCCUCCUCAGCCUGGUGGUUAUCCACCCCAACCUGGCAUUUACCCCUCAGCCGCAGGGGCUAACCCCCCUCAGCCAGGAGGCUAUCCCACCCAACCUGGAGGCUACCCCCCACAGCCUGGGGGAUAUCAGCCUAUGUCAACUCCAGGCAUGAACUCAGGAUGGGGUGCUGGUCAAGGUUUCCCCAGUAUUGGUUUGGAUAAUUUGUCCAAUCCAGGAUUUACUCCUGCCAAGAUCUCAGAAAUGGCCAAUCAGAUCUCAUCAACCAUGGGGGGGUUCAAUCUAAACCCCUCCAUGUUCACUCAGGCUCCCAGUGGGUUUCCUUCUCCCCAGCAAGGCAAUCAGCAGCCCUAUGGCAUGUACCCCCAACCCGGGGCAGGUAUGGGCUUUCCCUCAGGUCCUGCUGCUCCAAUGGGUCCUGCUGCUCCGACAGGUCCCGCAGCAUCUCAGCCAAUGCCAAGCUACCCUGGCACCUAUGGAGGAGGCCCCUCUCCAAUGCCAGUAGCCCCAGCAAUAAGUAGAGGAUAUCGAGGUUCCAUCCAGGAUUUUCCUGGCGCUGAUCCACUGAAGGAUGUUGAAGUUCUCCGCAAAGCGAUGAAAGGGUUUGGUACUGACGAACAAGCUAUUAUUGAUCUUUUGGGGAGUCGCUCCAACAAGCAACGUGUACCGCUCUUGAUCACCUACAAGACAGCAUAUGGAAAGGAUUUAGUGAAAGAUUUGAAGUCUGAACUUUCGGGAAACUUUGAAAAACUUGUCCUGGCCAUGCUGAAGACUCCAGCCCAGUUUGAUGCGCAUGAACUCAAAGAUGCCAUCAAGGGUGCUGGUACCGAUGAAGCCUGCCUGAUAGAAAUUCUGGCGUCACGUUCUAACGCCGAGAUCCAGGAAAUCAAUCAGAUAUACAAAGCAGAGAACAAGAAAACCCUGGAAGAGGCGAUCCAUGGCGACACCUCAGGACACUUCCGCAGGCUGCUCGUCUCUCUUGCUCAGGGAAAUCGAGAUGAACGUGAAACCGUGGACAUCUCUUUGGCAAAGCAAGAUGCUCAGAUGCUCUACAACGCUGGGGAGAACAAGCUGGGAACAGAUGAGUCCAAGUUCAAUGCCAUCCUGUGCUCUAGAAGCAAAGCUCACCUCAGAGCAGUGUUUCACGAGUACCAGCAAAUGUGUGGCCGGGACAUCGAGAACAGCAUUGCCAGGGAGAUGUCGGGCGACUUGGAGAGCGGCAUGUUGGCUGUCGUAAAGUGCAUCAAGAACACUCCUGCCUACUUCGCCGAAAGGCUCUACAAGUCCAUGAAGGGAUUAGGGACUAAGGACAGAACCCUGAUCCGAAUCAUGGUGAGCCGUUCCGAAGUUGACAUGUUGGACAUUCGCCAGGAGUUCGUGAAAAACUACGGAAAGUCACUUUAUUCAUACAUUUCUGGUGACACAUCUGGAGAUUACAGGAAGCUGCUGUUGAAGCUGUGUGGUGGGAAUGACUAAAAUAGCUUUCCUCACUUUCUUAUACAUCCAGCUUUUUAUAUAUUCAAACAUAACACUGAACUUGUUAGUUUUGCCAGUUUACAUUGCAUGCUGACUGUAUUUCUGACUUGUUAUAAGAUUUCAGUGCCAACAUUAUACAAAUAUAUGUAUUUUUAAAAGCUUUCACAUACUAGCCUCAGCUGGAAACCAAAGUACUGCUUUUCUGCAGAAAUAAAUAAAAUAAAGAAAUUCAUUGUACUCUUUUUCGAUUGUACCGGACAAAAUGUGUAGCUGGAAAUUAUUUUUGCAACACGCAUUUUGGGAAAUUUCGAGAAUAAAGACUGCG